AUGUUACCCAACCCAGACCUAUAUGAUGUACUUAUGCUCGAUGAAAUUCAAGAGGAUCUCUUAGAAGCCUAUGACAUGGAAAAGAUGGAUCCAACGAACCGAUGGGAACAAAAACAAUUGAACGAACUGCAAGGAUUUGUUGUUCUAGAACAAUUAGCAUUGAUACAAGAAGAAAAUGAACAAUUACCUCAAAUCGAUACAGUUCAACAAUUGCAAGAAGAAAAAGAACAAAAGAGAAAUACUGAGCAAGUCAUUCGCCAGGAGCUAUGGAAAUAA